CUUACAUGAGACAACAAGAGUACAAAUGGAAUGAAAAAUUAUGGAAGCCUAUUGUCAGACCCCCAAGACAUUGCUAUAGUCUUAAAGAUCUUGGGAAUGAAGUCUUUAAAGUAAAAGAAACGAUCGCUAGAAGAUCAGACUUUGAAAUAUACAACAAUAGAAAUCAGAAAUUAUAAUGUAGGUUAGACUUAACACUCUAUAAAGUUUAUUUGAGCCUCUGAGAAUGUAAGACAAACCUCACCCUUGUAUAAUAUACUUACAUGGUAAUUCAAGCAGUAGAAUUGAAUCAUUCACGAUCAUUGAAUAUUUGAUUCCAGCCAAUAUCUCAGUUUGUGGCAUAGAUUUAUCUGGUAUCUUAAGUUAACUAUCUAAGGUUCUGGAUUAUCAGAAGGAGAAUAUAUCUCCUUGGGAUAUUACGAAUCUAAGGAUGUUAUUUGUUUAUAUGAUUAUUUGAGAGAGAAUAAAGUAAUCCAUUAAUAGAAUAUAAGUUUCGUAGAGUUUUAUCACUUCUAUAGGAUUAUGGGGUCGAUCCAUGGGUUCUGUGACAGCCAUUUUGGCAGCUCAUAAUAAUUAUGAUAUUAAGGUUUUAGUUUGUGAUAGUCCUUUUUCCAAUUUAACUUUGCUAUGCUAAGAAUUAGCAAAAAUAAAUUAUAAAGUUCCCAAUUGCUGUUUUAAUUGCUUUUGGUGUUAUGUUAAAUCUAAAAUCCACCAAGAAGUUUAAUUUAAUGUUGAUGAAUUGAAUAUAGUUUAAAUCAUUAAAGGUAACACCUUUAUAAUAAUCAGUUUUGCCUAAGGAUGUUCAAAUUUUGUUUUUGUCAGCAUAAUAGGAUGAUUUAAUACGAGAAAAACAUUCUAAAUUGUUACUCUAAUAAUUUCCAGGAUAGAACAAAUAAUUAUUUAGUUUUGAUGGAACACAUAAUUCCAGAAGACCACCAAAAAUUAUGGAAGAAUCAGUUUAAUUUGUAUGUGAUGCAUUCGGAAAAACUGCUUGGGUUGAACUUAAUAUUUAAAAUCCAGCCAAAUACUCAUAAAAUUAACUAUCUAAAUAAAUUCCUUUAUUAAGAGGUGACAGAAAAAGUGUUUAACCUUAUAUUGAAAAAAGUGAUUAUUGA